AUGCAGGCUGUUCUCACGAGCAAGAUGCGAAGAUUUGCCGCUGCUGCUUCGAUCUUCAUCCCGAGAACGGCACACAAUUACCGAAAAGGUAACCCAUCUGCAGCUAACACACUCUUGUUUCGCACCCAUUUUUCGACGAACCCUAAUCCCCCCAAUGUUGUCGCCACAACGAACCCGUUGCAACUGCAGAAGUUGUUGGAGAAAUCCAAAAUGGGUUUCGACAAACUCGACGACGCUCUUAGUUUGUUCCAUCAAAUGGCCCGAACUCAGCCUCUGCCGUCCCUCGUCCAUUUUAACCGCCUGUUAACUGCUGUUGCCGAGAUGAAGGAAUAUUCCACUGUCCUUUCUUUGUAUAAGGAGAUCCGCGAGUUGGGUAUAUCAACCGAUGAAUGUACGUCGCUUGUUUUGAUGAAUUGUUUUUGCUGCGUGUUGGAGGGUUUGGUUGGGAACCAGGAAUUUGGCGAGGCAGUGGAGGUGCUUCGUUUGAUGCAAGAUCAGGGGAUGGUUCCUGGUGUUGAUGCUUACGGUAUCGUCCUUAAUGGCAUGUGCAAAGCGGGGAAGAUUGAAGAUGCUCGGAAGCUUUUUGAAACUGCUUCAGCUGGAGGUCUGAGGCCUAAUGUCGAGAUGUACACUUAUAUGGUCAGGGAGCUUUGUAAGGCAGAUUUGCUGGAUGAAGCUGAGGAGUUACUUGUGCAAAUGGAGAAAGACGGGUGUCCACCUGAUGUUGUUGCUUAUGGUAUGGUCAUUAAUGGCAUGUGCAAGGCGGGCAAAAUUGAAGAUGCUCGGAAGCUUUUUGGAACUGCUUUAGCUGGAGGUCUGAAGCCUAAUGUCGAGAUGUACACUUAUAUGGUUAUGGAGCUUUGUAAGGCGGACUUGCUGGAUGAAGGUGAGGAGUUACUUGUGCAAAUGGAGAAAGACGGGUGUCCACCAGAUGCAGUCACUUACAAUAUUAUUGUUCGAGCAUUCAUUGAGAAGGGCGCCCGACACAAGGUUAUGACGCUUCUGGAAGAGAUGAAUGAGAGGAGUUUCCCACCCGAUGCAAGUACCAUGUCCAAGUUAGUGGAUUGUCUGACAGCUGAGGUUUAUUUGGAAAAAUACGUUAAAUUUGUCGUGGUAGCUUGUUCAAAUGAACUAAUAAUUCUGAGAAAUGAUGUUAUCGAAUGGCUAAUCAACUACCUUUGUUUUCAUGCUGCUACUCUGCUAUCCUCCUCCUCUGUUUUCGUGUUCACGGAAAAUGAAAAUUUUCUUUGUGCAUGCGACGGAGACGAAAAUGCCUUUAAACACCACCAUGUACAUACCUCAGCCCUCUCUCCAUCAUGUAUUACAACACCCGACAAUAAAACAAUAGCAUCCACAAAAAGUAAUUGGUGGGAUGUGGAUCCACUUUUGACAAAGCCUUCAUUAUCUGGUCGAUGUAUUUAUCUGGUAAUUACAAUCGCCGCCGACAAUUUUAAUGGCGGCGAUUGGUACCACACAACAAUGCCACGUGGUAUCCUGGAAACGAGGGCCGCCUCCCCUUCAGUUUCUUACCUCCAGUUUGCAUUUUAUGAGCUCAUGUUGGCGAUCGAAAUUGUUCAUUAUGUAGAUGUUGAUAAGAUACCUUUGCACUCAAUAGCUCUGGAGGCCAUCUCACCUCACGUGUAA